GACGUCGGUAGGAGGCCGAGUCGAGUCGUCUGUUGAAGGAAUCAAACCCUAACAACGGUCGCGUUUUACUCUAUCGUUCACCGACAGACGCCGCAUUUAAACGUUAUCCCCCCUCGACGGCAACAUCUCAGCAUGGCGGGUCAGAAGCCCCAUUCACAGAGCAGCUAGGAUAUCUUCGGAGACAUCUCAGUCAUACGUGUAUAGAAUGACAAGCAGUACUAGGGUCUAUCUGACAUAAGGUGUGGGAGCGAGGCUGCUCCCUAAAAUCCCUCCUCCCGCCCUCCUGGACGACCCCAAAAUGACCACAGGGGAGUGUUGCCACCUCCCAGGCUCCCUGUGUGACUGCACUGGCAACACUGCCCUGUCCAAAACCCUGGAGGAAGAUGAUAGCCGUCAGGCUCAGUAUGUCACCCAGGUCACGGCCAAGGAUGGACGUUUACUGUCUACUGUUAUCAAAGCCCUCGGCACGCAGAGUGAUCGACCGAUUUGUCGGAUCUGCCAUGAGGGUCAGGACAUGUGCAACAGUGAGGGGCUUCUGUCCCCAUGCGACUGCACCGGAACGUUGGGCACGGUACACAAAAGCUGUUUGGAGAAGUGGCUGUCCUCUUCUAACACCAGCUACUGUGAGCUGUGUCACACCGAGUUUACCAUCGAGCGACGGCCGCGGCCAAUUACAGAGUGGCUCAGGGAUCCGGGCCCUCGGAACGAGAAGCGGACCCUCUUUUGUGACAUGGUGUGCUUCCUUUUUAUAACACCCCUGGCAGCCAUCUCAGGCUGGCUUUGUCUGCGGGGUGCACAGGACCACCUACACUUCAAUAGUCGCCUGGAGGCAGUCGGCCUCAUCGCCCUGACCAUCGCACUCUUCACCAUAUACGUCCUCUGGACUCUGGUCUCAUUCCGCUACCACUGUCAGUUGUACUCCGAGUGGAGACGAACCAAUCAGAAAGUCCGCUUGCUCAUUCCCGACACCAAGGGUGCGCACUCUACCCAGCAUUCCUUGCUCUCCACCAAGCUGCUGAAAAAGACAGCAGACGAGACCAUAGUAUGAAAGACGUGGUACGGAGGAACGGGCCAGAGCGUGGCGUUAUAUUAGCGUGCUACAGGUUCUUGAUGCGCUGUUGUCAGCUAGAGCCGCGGCACCUUUGGAUGCAUUAUUUUCUAUUUAAUCCUUUUUAUCUAAAUAUGUGAGCACUUCUUUUUUUCACCAGUCUCUUUUCAUGUUGUUGUUGUUUUAUUUGAGUGUCUUGUUUAAACAAACAUUUAUUUAUUUGGGGCUUGAACAGCUAUGCUGAGGCCCCGUACCAUUCAGUAUGCAUCGUAUUUUAAACAAUCAGAAACCUAACUUCGGUGUAUAGACAAUUCCUUUGAGCACAGCAGUGAGGGAUUUCGAUUCAAGUACACACAGCUGCUGAAGCUUUAAACCAAACCUUUCUUUAAUUUUUGACGUACAGUUUUCUACUCAUCUACCUUCAAGUACUUUCCAUCUUCACACGAAACGGUAUCAGUAGGAAUACCGUAAGUACCUGGCAAUCUUGCCAAUACAGCUCCUGUAUGAUUUUGAUGUAAGAAUAUAAACACACUAUGUAAAACAAGAGCGCUAUAACCUUUGACAUUAGUAUUAAAGGGCCAUGAAUGUGGAUCAUUUCUGCGACCAUUCUGCGAUCUUGGUGUUCAAGCUCGCCCGGAGCGAGAAGGACAGGCAGUAGAUGAACCGAACGCGCAAUAUAACGCUGAUCUUUCGCGCGGGUUUAGACGCAUGACAAUUUCUACUGUAUGUAAAAAGUCUCAUCAAACUAGCGACUGUUUAGCGUAAGGAUUUUGCAAGUGGAUCCGAAGUUGCUUUUUCGAUACGAAUGAUCUCCAAACAACAUCAAACAGCAUGCAAGGCUCCUUAAAGUCGUAGCCCUUUUCCGACACUGUAGCCUAGAUGUGAGCGGAUCAAAUGUAGAUACAUGCUUUCGGGACCUCUACGAUUUAUUGUCUUCUCAGAUCACGUUUAAACUUCUAUUUUUUUUUCAAGAAGAAUGUCUGUUUGUGUUUAAAGUAUAUGUUUUACAGUAUGCUGGUUAUUCAGUUUCGGCAGUAUCGUAUGGUGGAGAUUGAAGAUGGCCUAUUUGGAUUUUGUAGCAAUUUACCUUGUGGAAGACGAAGGUCAAACCUCAGAAGAAAAAGUAACCGUAUGAAGAAAAACGUUUUCGCCUUUAUGGUAAUGAACCUCCUCAUCCAUAAAUGACACUAUGGAAUUAAGUAUCUGGCAAGCUGUGCAUCUGCGCAAGAAGAAUGUGCGAAACAUUGAAAACUAUUGGAGCUUUCUGUUUCUUUUGAUGAAGUCUGAAAGUCUGAUUAUUUGGUAUAUGCAGUCGUGUAAUAGUUGCGCGUACGCCACAACCUGCAGAAAUGUUGCCUGUAUAGUUACAGGAACAGUUCAUUUACAGAUGUUUAGAUUUGGUUAUUUAUUCACUCCAAUGUUGUUUAAAACCCAAACAUUGUUUUUAUUGAGGAACACUGAGGAAGAAUCAUUACGGUGCUGAUUUCUAUACAACGACUGUUGUGACAAACAAAUGGCUUUGGAAGACAUUUAAUAUUUUGGGAUAAGCGACAUGAGAUCAAAGGUUCUCCUUUUGUUCCCCAAAAACAAAAGCAGUUUGGACAGACAUAUGGGUGAGUAAACAACAGAAUUGAAACUAUUCAUGAUAGCUACCUAUGAUAUGAAGGUCCAGGUAAACUCUUUAAUUGUACAUUUUAGUAUCAAAUGUAAAUGUGUAGAUACACUGACUAAAUGUCUCUGUUCUUAAAAGUGUUAUGUCUUUUUGAUCGAGGGUUCUGUGUGUGGAGCAAACAGGCCCAUGAAUGUCUGAAUUAUUCGCUGAUUGCUUUUUUCUCCAUUGGCCUGAAGCUGGUAGACGCUAUCAAAUUAGUUUGAAACAAAAAGGUGCUUCUGUAGGUAGAAUUUGAACGUGAAAAAGUUUUCAAAUUCAUCCAGGAACCGACCUGAUUUAAUCCCCAGAAGAAAAAACUUUAAUGCAAAUUGUGGAGAAAAAAAGUAUUUUCUCUCUAAAUGGAUUCUCUUUGAAGACGACAUUCUUUUUAUAUGGGAGAAAGUUGUGCAAUAGAUUUACAAAAUAACAAUGACAUUAUUUGUUGUGAUUUCAAUAUUUGGUUUUGGGGUUCUCAUUGCUCAAUGUUUUUAAAAAAGUUGAUCUUGUUGUGCUGAUCUCAAACCUAAUUUGUGGUCUUGGAUUAACAACAAGGGCAACUUUGCAGGCUCACCGCUACCUUGAGGAAUGCUCGCUCUCUCUCUUUUUUUAUCUCUCUCAUUGUUGUGCUUCCACCUACUUUUCUCACCCUUUUGUGUUUAUUUUACAAUGUCAAGAGUGCAAUUUCAAAAAUAUUACAAUGCAAUUGUUACCUAUAACCUUAACAAUACAUGUAUGAUAUUAACAUAGAUGUAGAUGUUGUUGCAUAUGAAGGAUUUCAGAAUUAUAGGAGGAGAGGGACAAUGUUGAACACGUUUUUUUAUUAUUGGUCAAUUUGCAGUGGAUGUGGAUGAGCUGGCUAUAAUAUGCAACCCUGCUAGAGCAGCUCAGCUGUUUAAAUGAUGUUGUUCAUAGAAGUAAACCUGUUCAAACUAAACCUGUUCAAAUGCAUGCUUUCUUUUUUAUUUAAAUAAAUGACGCUUUCAGAAAUGUAGGAUGGAAAUGUUUCCAUUUUAGAUUUUUGAGAGGAUUCAAGUGUUUUUCUUUUGCAGUUUUUGUUAAAGAGAGAUGUUUAUAUUUGAAAGCAGUCUCUUUGUCUGGAUAAACUUAAUGUAUACAUAGUUUGUUGUUCAGUUUCAAUAUUUCUGAUUUUACCAGUGUGUUUUAAUGUAUUCAUACUGUAUGUAUCUUUUUGCUAUUUUUAUUUAGUUUAUUCAUCAGGCACAGGGGCUUUAUCACUCAAAACAGUUGAGAUACUACAAUGUUUAUGUUGUGCAGUGGCUAAACGAAUGGUGUUUGUAAUGUCCUCACCAAAAUAUGUUGGUGCUUGAAACCGGCCAAGAAAAGUGUGCAAAGCAAAUUAAAACGAUGCUCUGAA